CAACUCAUUAAUCCGCCCUCGUAUAUUCAUUGAAUUUCAUGCAUCUUUGCAAUGUCUCGCCACUUUGUUUCUGUUAAGGAUAAUACUGUAUACCUUCAGACCUUCAAUCAUAUAUCAUAGUGACGAUGUGUAUUAUAUGUGGAUAUGGAAAUGUCUAAUAUAUUUUUAACAAAUUAAUUAAAAGCAAUGAUUGAAUAAGAUUACAUAAUCCAUAAUAGGGAAGUUUUCAUCGACAGCAUUCACCGCCAUGGAACUUGUGAAGAAGACUGAUGACCAGGGAAAUACCACUAUAUUCAAGCGUUACCAUGGUCGAGCCUUCCAUAAAGAAAUUCCUGGUAAUGUGGGAGAUCAACUGGAGAAGGUGGCGUCUUUACCGUGUAGGCCUGAUGAUGUCUUACUGUGUACAUUUCCUAAAUCAGGUACUCACUGGGUAUUCAACAUGGUCAGAAUGAUACAGACGAAUACUCUGAAGUACAUAUCUGAUCUGGCUAUGAUCGAAUUUGAAGAUGUUGGGAGAUCUGCUAAUAUAAAAUCACCAAGGUUAUUUGCUACACAUCUUACUUAUCCAUUCAUCCCUAAAGCGGCCAAGGAAGGACAACUGAAACUUAUUUACGUCCUUCGCAAUCCAAAGGAUGUUGUUUGCUCAUACUAUAAAUAUAUGAGUCAAAUUAAAGCACGAGCUACAUUGGCAACUUCGAUGGAUUUCUAAAAGCCUUCCUAACUGAAGAAUCAAUAUCUUGUGGCGGAUCCUGGUUUACACAUACGAGGGAAUGGAACUCUGCCAUUUGUGAAAAUCCGAAUUUGAACAUUUUGAUUCUUAGAUAUGAAUGCCUGAAAAAGGUAAAUGAACAUAUUUGGAUCACAAUAUGAAAAAAGGUCUGCCCAAAUGUUUUGAAUCACUUGGUACGUUGCUACGUCAUCAUAAAUCGUUUCCACGUUAUACCGUCGUCUCCUUAUUGUAAUGGACAGCUAAUAAACCACAUCUGUCAGGUUUAUGAAACUGUUACGUUCCUAUCCUAUUUGUUGCAAACUUCGUAACUAUUAAUGGUCAAUAUUACGACUUGUCCGAGAAUGGUUCUCUCUAUAAUCAUAUCGAUUGCUUUAUUGCAUCAGAAGUUAACACGAACACUGUCAGUUGCGUGAAAUUUGAAAAUGUUCUCGGAGAAAAGCGACCGUUUGGAAUAAUGUCUUUUUCAUAGAAAGUAAUUUUGUUACUAUUAAGUCUAGUGUGCGGUGCAACAAUAAAGAGAAAUAAUACCCCCGUCUCCCAGAAACAUCCCAGACCUUGGGCUCGACAGUGACAGAAAUCAGUCCACUCUUUAGAGGCAAGAAGCCGAAUCCAUCGCGCCAUAUCCAUGCGUGCAUAUAGUUUGCAAUUGUUU